CCGACCAUGGCCACUGGCUUUGCGGCAGAUGUUGGAAACGUCGCAGGGCAAGACGCGAAGCCGAUGCUCAUAGAACUGAAGAAUGGAAAAGCGAUAUGCAAACAGAAGCCAAUAUUUUACGACAAGUCGUCAGAAACGAUGUCCGAGCUAGUCAAGUUUCGGGAGCUUCUCGAUGAACGUAUGUCCCGUCAAGACCCUCAACUUGGCACAGUUCCAGAGGAAUACUUGCCACUGAUCGCAAAAUUGGUGCAAGAAAGCGACAAAGCCAUCUCUGCCUUAACGAAGAGUAUACAUCAGAUCCUUCUACCGCCUCACGAGGAAGAUGAGGAAGGCCCAUCUGUCAAGCCUAGAGUACCCAUUUCCGCCUAUGCUGUCGAGAAAGCUAUCAAUUCCGUCGCAACACGCGUCAACUAUGGCUUGGAUCCCCCCGGAGACGGAACAAAGGUUCCUGCAGUUCUAUGCGUGUGGAGGUGGGAGGUCAAUGAGGAUAAGAGAGAUUGGUUACCCAAAGCGGCUCGGGAGAAGGCGGAUGCGAGGCUGGCGGAGCGAGUGCAGGCGAAGAAUGAUCUGCAAGCUUUUGUGGCAGCCUUGCCACAGGCGGAACGGGACGCUUUAUUCAAGACGAAACAGCCUCUGAAGGACCGCGCGAAGGCCGAAGCCAACCUUCCGACCGCUACGUCCGACGUGAACAUCGUGACCGCUCCUAGUGCGGACGAUGUUGCGACAGGGGGAUCGCGCCAAGUCACACCGAUGAAUGGAGAGACGCCCGCUGGACCAUCCACUUUAGAGAAGAAGCGUGGACGACCGAAGAAGCCCGUCGAUCCGGUGGCUGAAGCUGAGAAGGAGGCCAAGGAACGGGAGAAGGCCGAGAAGAGAGCAGAGAAGGAGGCCAAGGAACGAGAAAAGGUCGAGAAAGCGCAGAAAGAAAAACAGGCGCAAGCCAAGUCGCGCAACAUCAUGGCCAACUUCUUCAAUGCCAAGCCGAAGCAGAAGACGAUCAACGGGAGCCAUGCGGCCUCCGACAGCGGCAAUACCAUCAGUCCGUCUGCUUCGAAGAACUCCACUGCGGCAGGGCCUAGCGACUUUGAGCGAACUUUCAAGCCGUUUGUAUUGAAGAAGGAAGCAGAGCUGGCGCCCAUCAACUGGUUUAGACAUUCCAAGGGAAAGCAAUCCGAACGGAAGAAGACCAGAAGGAAGGCGAAAGCGACUGUCAUUAACGUCGACGAAGCCGACAUCGUACAUAGCUCUUCCGCCGAAAUCAUCGAAAUCCUCGAUGAGGAUAUUGAGAUGAACGACAGCACGUCUCCCGACCUGUCCAAAUUGGGAACGCGAGAGCACUUGAGUACGAUUCUCUCCAGCUUACCGGCUUCUGCGGAUCCCUUGCUACGCACUCGGCCCUCGAAAGCGCCCCGGGCCCUGAAGACUCACAGCGCGUACUCAGUACGGCAAAUCAUGGCUCAGCUUUCCGAGGCAGAGGUUUCCGGCGACGACGCAGCCGUCCGAGAGUUGAUUUCCCUUCUGGAAGAUCGCACCGCGAUACCAGCGCGCGUCUUCGUUUUCCACGAGGACGCGCGCCCAGGCUACUAUGGCACAUUCACGAAGACCUCCGAGUUGAUUGGCCCGCGUACGCCCUUCGCCAAGGAUAGUAUUGCGUUGGAUUAUGGCUACGACUCUGGCGAAGAAUGGGAGGAAGAGGAGGUCGUAGGCGACGACGUGCACGAUGGCGACGAGGUGGAGGACGAUGACGCGGACGAGGAAGAGCAGGACUCGGACCUUGACUCGUGGCUCGUCGACGACGACGAGAUUGAGGAGGUCGGUACGCCACUGAGCGAUAGGAUGGAUCGCAGCCCGAGUCCGUUCGAUGUGCCGCCACUACCACUGCCGAAGAAGCGCAAGGCGGAGAAGGGCACCGGGGAGAAGGAGAAGAAGAGGAAGGUGGUGGUGCCGCUCGUCCCGUUCAACAAGGGUCCAUGCUGGGAGAGCGAGAUCGGCCGAUGCGAAUACGAGCCUUUCGAGCAGUAUCGGAUUCAGAUGUUUAACGACACGACAUUCCCCGUCGACCCAUUCACCUUUGUAUCGCAGCCGAUAGGACAACCUCAACGAGAUGGUCAAGCAUUGCCUGCUCUGCCUGCUCUGCCUGAUCCACGGAUGAGCCCAUUGGCUUCGACUGACACCAUGGCACUCAGCGGAAAGACUCCGAAACCUGGAGUUGCUGCUGCACUCAAGCCGAAACCGAAGAGCAACUUCCCGGAGGCGCAUCUACCGUUCCUGCUUUCGAGGAUCACGAGCAUGGGCACGAGCAGUUUGAUCGCCAUCGUCGAAGCUGUGUACGCUGACUUAAAGGAGCACAAAGUAAAGAAGAAUGCGAUCGAGGUGAAGGUUAGAGAGGUCGGCGUGAAGUGUAAGGAAAAAAAGAUUUGGGUCGUGAAGGAUGAAGUCAAGGAUCGAUACCCUCAGUGCGUCUCAUAAGCUGGCAGCAUCCGGAGAUCUUGGGAUCGGUACAGGUACAUUCAGGGCACAGUUCAGUAGCCAUAUGCGUGUGUCAGGGGCCUACAUAUAA